ACUUUCAAAUACUUACAUUUGGUAUAUUUAAUUUUUUUUAUUGUUGCAGUAAAACAGUCCCGGCUGUAGUGUCCUAAGUUUUUGUAAUUUAAUCCUUUAGAUCCUGUUUAAAAGUCACAAUAGUAGCCAAAAACAAAUGUAUGUGAUGUCUUGUGACAACACCAUGGGCUCAGUGGUCUAACUGGGGAGUUUAUCCUGCAGACAGUUCUGGAAAGCAAUUAAAUUUAUAGACUGGUCCAUUUUUGGCAAAUUCCACCAGCAACUUUGGGAGUUGAAGCUAAAGUAAGAAUCUAAGAUACAGGAACCAGACAAUUAAAAGAAUGACUCGAAGGUUAGAACAGAUGAAAAAACUAAUUCCCAAGACAUGGGGUGGAGCAACCAGUGCUCAUGUAUUUUUAUGCAAGUUGCUUUCCUAGAAGAUUCUUCAUGGUUAUAUUAGUGCUGUUGGAACAAAUGCAGUGGAGAGCAGGGCUGUUGGCUGUUUUGUUAUGGACACUGUUGAGCACCAAGAGUUGUCAGUCUUACUGCACUCAGUAUGGAGAACUAACACCAUUGGAUCCAUAUCUGACAGAAAAUUCAAACUACACCCUCAACUGUACCUUAGACCAGACUGUUAUUGAUGGGAUACGGUACAAUUCAUCGCAGUUGCAUCUGCACAGCUUUGUACCAGGUCUCAAUCCACUGCCCCAACACACCCGAGAAGAGCCAGAUGAAAGAACGGUAUUAUUCCACAUAGAGGCAGUCCCUAAUAAGGGGAGGAACUAUGAGAAUCAGUAUUACUGUUAUGCUGGCGACAAUGGUUUUUUAAGGGGAAAGUGCAUUGGAGCAACAAUUUUGCAUGUUGGGCCCAAACCCCAACCACCAACCUCAGUGAGUUGUAUUGUAUAUGCCCAGAGGUCCAUGACCUGCAGCUAUGAGAUUCCACAGCAAGAGGACGCUGUGACUUUGUUAUGGGGAGUGCAAUCCCGUGUGAAUCGAGGGCAAGUAACAACACCAUUUUAUUGUACAAAUUUCACCAAGACAUCCUGUACUUGGAGUGGUCAUGGACGAGAUAGCUUUCAUGCAAAUACUGUCUACUGGAUAGCCCUUUACACAAACAAUUCUUUUGGGCAUGCAUUUGCUGAGGGAGAUCCUGACAUUCCGGGAACUUACUUCAAGGUCAACGCAUCUCUAAUUGUUAAACCUGACCCCAUUGAGCUCAGAAAAAUUUCUUCUGGGAAGAGGAAUCUAACACUGGAGUGGCAGGAAUCAUCAGAUGGGCAAAGACGCAACCAGAUGGCAUACAACUAUACAGUACACUACAACUGUACAACACCUUGGGGUGGAGAGGAAGUUCUUAAAAGAGAAGUUCACAAGUUAACUAAGGUUAAACUAGAAAACCUGUGGCCAGACAUAGAAUACAGAGUGGGUGUUACUGCCAUCCCUGUUAUUGGUGGUUAUGAUAGUGAUAUGAAGAACACUUUGACAGUUAGAACACUUCCAGAUGCCCCAGCUAGUCCUCCAAUAAAUAGACCAGAAUUGUUCUACAGAGAUGAAAGUUGUGGCCUAAAUUGCCAGAAUAUUAAACUGUUUUGGCAGCCUGUGCUACCAAUGGACAGAAAUGGGGAGAUAACACAUUACUUAGUUACCCCAAACGGUACCUCAAACAGCAUGUAUGUUGAUAAUAGAGCCUACACAUACACUGUAGAAAAAAUCCUUUCACCCAAAGAAAAACAUACCAUGCAACUGCAGGCCAUAACAAAGGGAGGCUCAUCCCCUAUAGCAUACUAUUACAUCCCCUCCGUGUCUGAGGACCCUCCUAUGGUGAAGCAAUUGGCUGUCACCAAAGUGGACAAUAAUACUAAAGUUUUAAUGACAUGGCGUGUGCCAGAUGAUUUCACUGUUACCUUAUUCUGGUGUAAAAGCACUGCAGAGAUUUGUAAUGAAUCCCCCAGUUGGCAGACAAUCUCUGGCAAGAAUUCUUCCUUCCAAGUUCCAUUCAAUGGCACUGAAGCAUUUGAAGAGUUCCAGUAUGCUGCUGCAGUCACUGUGAAUGGAAUAAGUGGUGGAUUAACAUGGAGCCAAUGCUUGUAUCAGGAAGGGGCUGUGCCAGCAAGGGGCCCAGUCUUGAAGAGCACAUCCCUACAGCCGCACAACCAGGUCACUGUGGAGUGGGCCCAGAUGUCCUGUGAGGAGACAGGCAGUGCACAAGUGGUAGCCUAUGUUGUAGAGUAUGCUUAUGUCACAGAGGAGCUGAACUGCUCAAAUAUAAAAUCCAGUGUGUGGGAAAGGGUGUCCUUGGAUGACCCAGAAACCUUCAUUUGGUCCAUGGAGGAUUUAGAAGCUGGUAAAACCAUGUGUGUGAGAGUUGCAGCAAAAUCCAUUGUAGGUUUAGGACCAUUUAGUAUACCAAAAAUGGUCAGGAUCAGUGGAUUACUUAAGGGAGAAAUAGCUGGUAUUACAAUUGGUGUUGUUGUCUGCACUGUCUUAAUCAUUUUGGGAAUCAUUUUGUGUUUCAAGAGUGGUCGCAACUGUUACAAGUAUAUGUUUAAGAAAAUAGAGAUAAACAUUCCAGAGAGUCUUGAGGAAUAUACUGUAAAUUACCAUGGGGCAUCAAAUGGCGGAUUUGUAAGUGUAAGUAGAGAGUAAAUCUAGCGAGUGUUUUCUUUAUGAAAUUACGGUGUUUCUUGCAGUGUAACUAAAGUGAUAGUUUGUUUUGAUCUGAAAGUCUUGUCAGUGGGAUUGUUUAGUUGUAUACUUAUUGCUUCAUUCUUACUUGUCAGUGCUUAUUGUGGUUAAUAUAAUAAACUAAUUUUAAAAAAUGAAUGUAUUUUAAAUUAGAAUUUUAUCUACUGAUAUCAAGACCUUGAAAAUCUGUUCAAUUACAAAAUACUCAACUAUGAACAAGUUAAUGUAAUUGAACUGAAAUUUUCAGGCAAUGUUUUACAUAAUGCUAAAUGAAGUAGUUUAGGGAAUGUAUGAUAAAAGGUGUCACACUAUCAAAUGAUUAUACUUAUUCAAUUUAAUGGAUUUAAGAAUCUAAACCAACUUCAUUGUGGUAUUUUGCCCUGUUCCUUUGUAUUUGUAUUCAUACAUACUUGAUCAUUGUUGAUUAACUGUAAAAUUUGGUGGUUGGUUUAUUUCAAUUGAAUGAAAUUGAUAUGGUAAAGAUAUGGUGGAAGUAAUGUUUCAUAAAUGUGUAUUAUUAUGUUGGUAUGUUUUUGAAAUGUAACAUAUUUUGGGGAGAUGGUGGAAGUUUUUUAUGUUUAAUUGAUGUGCCUCAACAAAAAGUGACAUAAGAUAUUGAACAUCACAUUGUCCUUUGUUGUCUCAAAAAGACAAUUACUCUGAGAACCAAGUAUAGUUCCCCAGCUUGCAGUAGACAACAUAAUUAGAAAUAAACCUAUUGCUAGAUUUUGUACUUUCCCUCCCCACCCUACUAAUCCCCUAGCCGUUAUGCCUUAACAUUUUAGAAGUCAUAGGGUUUGGGGCUAUUGUGUUUGUACUUGACAUCCAAAUAGUCACAGAAUGUGUAAUGUUUGAAGUCUUUUUUCCCCAGUCCAGUAAUUGACCAAAACCAAAGAUUACCUAAAACUCGAACAUAAUCAAUCCAAAUAUUGCCAGUAAUAUAAAGCAAUUAUCUUUGGAAAGUUUGUGACCCUCAGAUGUUAAUCUCGACCAAAAUGUAGAUAGGAG